GGCAACCUACUAUUAGCGAUAAUACUUCACACCCUAAAAAAGGACUAAACGGAGUCAGUUAAAGAAACAACGUGUACUUCUAACUAGGCAUCACAGAUCUGAUGCGCUUCAUAUGGCUUCUUCAUAUGGCGGGUCGGCAGGCUUUGUUUUUUACCACGCUGUUUUUUAUUUCUUUCGUGAUUCGUGAAAUUGCCAGUCAGCAGUGUCACGGAAUAUACUCCAUUCAUCAAAUGAUGCUUAAGGGCCAUACCUAUAAGACGUUCAAGACUACACCAGGUACACCGGAAUGCAGAGACAUUUGUCUCGCUGAUGAAAGAUGUCAAAGCUUUAAUGUCGUCAUGUUCAUUGCAAUAUGUGAGUUAAACAACCGGACUAAAGAGGCCAGACCAGAGGACUUUGUCAAGGACGAGUACAGAUAUUACAUGGCGAAAGGUCCAAAACGAGUUCCCUUGGGAUCAAUCCGUGGGCUGCCUGCUGAAUCGUGCAAGGAAAUCAAGGCGAGUGAAGGAGGACAAGCAGUUAGCGGUAAUUAUUGGCUGGAUUCUACAAGAUCUGGGAACUCUAUUUUAGCUCGUUGCGACAUGAGGACAAAAGUUGCAGACUAUUGUGUCAAGCACCAAUGCCAGAACGAUGCAAAGUGUGUGAACCGUGAAACCAACUACUCGUGCGCGUGUAACUCAUCUGGUUGGACAGGAAAACAUUGUGAAAAUGAUAUCAAUGAAUGUCAGGAAGGCCUGCAUGGUUGUCAUGUAAAUGCCAUUUGUAAGAACGCUGAGGGCUCUUACAACUGUACAUGCAAACUGGGAUUUAUUGGAGACGGAAGAAACAGUUGCAAAGAAUGUGGGCCUGUUGGUGUGACAGACAACAAUACAAUUCCAGAUGCCAGAAUGACAGCGAGCAGUUCUUACGAUAGUUAUGAGUAUCAUCAUUACGGCCGACUGCACGAAACCAGGGGAGCAGGAGGGUGGUGUCCUCGGAGCACAACUGAUAGAACAGACUAUCUUCAAGUCGAUAUGGGCGAAGUACGUUCUGUUUGUGGUGUGGCCACACAAGGAAUGCGGGGGAGCUCCUUCUGGACCACCAGCUACAAACUACAAUUAUCUACAAACGGUAUAACUUGGAAUACUUAUAAUGAAACGAAUAUUGAAAAGGUGUUCACUGGAAACUCAGAUGACACCUGUAUCGUGAAGAAUUCACUCAGGAAUGACUUCAAAGCCAGAUACGUUCGAUUUUAUCCUGUAACAUACUCUGAUUGGCCAUGUUUAAGGGUUGAAAUAUUUGUGCUUAAUUAA